UAGGAAAUUGGAAUGAGUGACAUGCACAUGGCUGUAGUCGAGUUUUCUGCCUUGCUGCAUGUGCAGUGAAUCAUAAAUACUUCAGACCUUUAAAUGGCCUAAUAUUGUGUUGGAGAUCCUCUGAACCAGUCGUCUAGCUUUCACAAUUUGUCAAACUUUUUCAAAACCUUACGCUUGCCCAUUUUUCCUGCUUUUAAACACGCCAACUUUGAGUACAAAAUAUUCACUUGCUGCCUAAUAAAUCCAACCCACUAACAGGUGCCAUGAUGAAGAGAUAAUCAGUGAUAUUCACUUUACUGCUCAUAAUAAUAGAAUGGUAUUGGGGAAACCAUCUGGUUUCAUGUUUUUAUUGUUUGUUUUUAAUUGGGACAAUAGGUGUCACUCUAACCUAACUGGGUUCAUGUAAUAUAGGUAGGAACGCUCAUGUGGGUACCAGGUGUUGCUUGAUGGAGGGGGAGCACACAUAGCUUUUUGACCGCUUUAAAGAGUUUACUGAACGUGUGUUACAUUGGGUAACCUCGGCACCUAUUGUGUUUUUUGUAACUUAUUUGUGGAUAUAUGUUCUUUAUGGAUUAUUGCAACAAUAUGGUGAGAAUAAAGAAUCAAUCAUGAAUAAAUCCGAACUUCUCUUCGUAUGUAUGGACAACAAAUGCGUGUCAAUAAAGUGCCCAGUCUAGCAAUCACCGCGGGCUUUAAAUAAAGAAAAUCUAAAAUCUUAUGCUUCAGGUUACCGAUACAGUGGAUUAUAGUUUAGGCUACUGCCGCCUUUGUUUAAAUUACGCUGAGGACGUCGCAUUGGAUUGUAGCUGAAGUAUUGCGCAACUGGACGGCGUGUUUGUUCAUCGAGCUCGAUAAAGCCGUGGACAGCGGGAGGACGGCACUCACAGUGGAGUCAACACUCACGUUUCCAUGAAUACAAAGGCCAUCUACUAGCAGCACAGUUGAAAAAUCAACACUGCACUUCGAAAGCCGACAGAAAUUCACGGCAGCCAACGCGAGGUAUGUAGCGCUACUAUAUUAAAUGGCUAUUCAGGUUUAUUUAUUUGUUUGUGUGCACACAUUGUGGGGCAAAAAAAAAUAAAAUGCAUUGGUGAUAGUCGGGUUGGGGUGGACUAUUAAACUUUACGUUGCUAACGUUACUGUGUAUUGCGGACUUUUUGAACUUUUGCGGACAUUCUAACGAGUUAUGGAGAUGCAUGAAGCUGCAGACAAGCCCUCUGGGCCGCCAACUGUUCUCAAAAGUGUUGUAAAUGGCGCUGAUGCGCAAAGUGACAAAGACAAACGUUAUAAAAUUAACUGCUAAAGCUUUUGCUGAAGAGUUGGAACGAUUGCAAAAGGAUAGGAAGGAUAAAUUAAAUAAAGCAAGUAACUUGAAAUUAGAAAUGAAGGAGCUCAUACAAAAGGGAGAGAAAUCACAGGUUCAUUGUGUUUUUAAUAAUCUGCUUAAGUUAUGUGAUGAAGCUAAAGGUGUUCAUGCUUCUGUAAUGAAAAUGUUACCAGAGGUCGAAAAAGAGAAACAUGAUGUGUGGUUCAAAGCAAAAAUUUUAAACAAUGAUGAAUUUAUUUCUAAGAUGCAAUUAUGGCUUUCAAGUGUUGAACAAACUGCUCUUGAUGGUUGUGAACAAAAUGUUAUCAAUGUUACUGAUGUCAAUAUUAUUGAUGAUGGUAUUAACCCAGAGGAUAGCAUUUCAAAUGUAGUGUGCGUGGCAGCACAUUACACCACUUCCUCUGCAAGAAUUCAAGCAGAGGCAGACAAGGCAGCGCUGCUUGCCCGUAUGGCAGCGUUACAAGAAAGCAUUCAUUGGAGGAGCAAGAGCAGCAAAUAAGGAGAAAAAAGGAACAACAGGAAUUAGAAACCAUGCUCGUGGAGUCUUCAGCUAAGCUGGCGGUGCUACAGGCUUCUGACAGCCAUUCGUAGGUAUCCAAUGCAAUGAAUUCUUAUUUGGAGAGAGAAUCUACAAACAGUUUGAAGCCAUUAGCAAAGGAGUUCAAUGUCAUACCUCAGAGUAAACUCCAGCAGCAGUUUGUACUGCCAGCUAAUAACCCAUUAUCAAUUAUAAGGACGCCACAGGGAGUUAAUCAACACCUCGUAACUAGACCCAAAGAGUGGACAUCUCCAAAAAGACAAAGCCAUAGUAUACUGGAAAGGGAAGCAUUAAUGCUGACUCGGGAACUUAAUAUUCAACCAACAGACCUGAGGCAGUCGGAAGACCUCCUUACAGUUAUGCAAAGUCAGUUAUGAAAUCACAUCAGCCCUUGUCCAACAACAAUGCUUAUCAUAAUUCCUUUAUUUGAUGAAGUACAUGCAGGAAUUGGAUAUGCCAAGUAACAUCAGGGCAAUCGUUGGGAAGUUGCCAUUCAAGCUCAGAGACUGAUGGAGAACCCUCUCAUUUGACAUAUCUGACACAACCGAACGUAGAGCCUCAUUUGUAGAUCUGGUGAAAUUGAUAGAAAGACAUGUCAGAAUAAUAUCCGUUCCCCUGUAUGGCGACAUUAGUGACUUAGCAUCUGGAAUAACUGGAUCUAAGGUCGUUAAUAGGCCAAAGUUACAUCAAGGAAAUAGAAUUAAAGGAAACAGCUUUGCUACAACUACUGCAUCUAUUGAAUCAAUAAAAAAUGAUAGAGAAUGGAGGAAUGUGCCGCAAGAACAUGAUUCACUAGUGAUUCAAGGUUGUGUAUAUUGUGCUCAAGGUCACUCUUUGGAACAUUGUCAACAGUUUGAACAAAUGAGACACAAAGACAAGUUAAGCCUCCUCAAGGAUAAAGAACUUUGCUUUGGCUGCUUACGCUCUGGGCACAGGAGUCGGAACUGUGAACGGCGCUUGAUUUGUAGUACUUGUGGGCAAAGACAUCCGACUUCAUUUCACAUCAAUAGGAGAGAGACUGCCAAUGUGUCUAUUGAGACUUUUAAUGAAUCAGGGGCCCAAGCGGCAACAGCAUCUCCGAAAACAUGUGGUCAGACAGGCGCCGGAGGAGAUCGUAUGCAUUCCUUGAUCCCGGAAGCUCAGCCACGUUUUGCUCAGAGCAGUUUAUGCGAAGGCUUAAUCUUGCAGGGAGAUGAACACAUUUUCUCCUACAAACCAUGGGUCACGAAAGAAUGGCACCAGCCUACUCAGUUUCAGGCUUGGAGGUCUCUGGGAUUGAUGAACACCUCUUUUAUAGGCUUCCAGAAACCCUUACACAAGGUAAAAUGCCUGUAAAUGCAGACAAUAUAUUGACUGAGGGAGAUUUGGCAAAGUGGCCAUACCUAGCAAAGAUUAAAAUCCCUAGCAUAAAGGCUAAUGUGGACCUGUUGAUUGGAGGCAAUGCACCCAAAAUGCUGGAGCCCUGGGAGGUUGUUAACAGCAGUGGAGAUAGGCCGUACGCCAUGAGGAUAGCAUUAGGCUGGGUUAUUAACGGCCCAUUGCAAGGAAACAACAGUUCCGGUGCAGAGUGUAUGACAGCCAUGGUCAACAGGAUUUCUGUGUGCAAUUUGGAAGAAAUGCUAAAUAACCAGUAUAACCAUGACUUUAACAAGAGCGCUACAGAGGAAAAAGGGCUAUCAAGAGAAGACAUUAAAUUCAUGGAAAUUAUGGAAAGGUCUUUAAUUCUUGAGCACGGUCACUAUUGCCUGAAAUUGCUCUUUAGGAAGAAAGAAUUGUCUCUGCCCAACAACUUCUCUGUUGCAAAGCAAAGGGUACUUGGUUUAAGGAGGAAAUUCCUGAAAAAUGAACUCUUCUUUAAGGAAUAUAGUUCAUCUAUCAGUGAGAUGGUUGACAAAGGAUACGCAGAGGAGGUACCUACCCAUCAACUGAGUGGUGGGUAAUGUGUGGUUAUAUCCCUCACCAUGGGGUACACCACCCAAGGAAGAAAACUAUACGAGUGGUGUUUGACUGUGCUGCAACGUUUAAGGGAACCUCUCUGAACCGAGAGCUUUUGCAAGGCCCUAAUCUCAAUAGUACAUUGUUAGGAGUCCUCCUGAGAUUUAGACAAAAACCAGUGGCAAUCAUGGGUGACAUACAAACCAUGUUUCAUCAAGUCAAGGUCACAAAGGAGGAUCGAGACUUCCUGCGCUUUUUGUGAUGGCCAAAGGGAGAUUUGACCAAACAGAUAACUGAGUUUCGUAUAACUGUUCAUUUGUUCGGUGCUGGGUCAUCCCCGAGUUGUGCCAUCUAUGCUCUAAGAAGAACAGCUGAUGAUAACCAGGCCGACUUUCCAGCAGAGGUGAUCCAGACAGUUAAAGAAAACUUUUACGUGGAUGACUGCUUAAAGAGUAUGGCAUCCGAGGAGGAGGCCAUACUUAAGGUCGAACAUCUUACUGCCCUCUGCCAGAGAGGAGGGUUUACUCUAACAAAAUGGACCAGCAACAAUGUACUGUAUUACAAACUUUGCCCGAGGAACAUAGAGCAAAGGAUCCGAAGGAACUAAAUCUAGAUAUGGAUAAACUUCCUCUCAAGCGAGCUCUGGGCCUACAUAGGUGUGCAGAGACGGGUUCAUUCAAUUUUAAAAUGGAAAUCCAUCAAGCAUCUUGCACCAGACGUGGAAUGUUAUCAGUGUCCAGUUAAGUGUAUGACCCGCUUGGCUUUCUUGCACCUGUUCUUUUGCCUGCUAAGAUCAUGUUGCAGGCUCUUGAUGGGCAAAGCUAGAGUUACGCCUUUAAAGGUGAUUACCAUUCCUCGCUUGGAGAUCACUGCUGCUGUAAUUGCUGUUCGUAUCGACUUGAUGCUUAGAACCGAGUUGCGGAUUCCACUGCAAGAAUAAGUCUUUUAGACGGAUAGUAUGUCCGCGCUUAAAUACAUAAAGAACGAAGAAAAGCGUUUCCAUACAUUUGUGGCAAAUAGGGUCUCCACUAUAAGAGAAGCAUCAAAACCAUCACAGUGGCGAUACAUUAGUUCCAAGGAAAACCCAGCAGAUGAUGCAUCUAGAGGAUUAGGGAUUGGAGACUUCAUUGGAAACAACAGGAGAAUAAAGAAUUAGCAGUCCAGGGUUUCCUUGUAAACCAGAAGAGGACUAGCCUCUUCUGGAGGAGACUCUUCUCUUCUGGAGGAGACUAAAGAUAGCAGUAGCUUGGUUCCUUAAGUUAAAACAGAUACUUCGGAACAAGAGUUACAGAAGGAGGGCAUUUGAGGCUUCUAAUACACAAAGGCAGUGUGAGAUGUCAGAAAGAAAAUCCCUGUCAGUAGAUGAUUCUGUGUGAGGCUGAACUUGCUAUAAUUCAAUACUGACAACAGCAAAGAUUUAGCGAAGAAAUUGGCAAAAUGUCAUCAGAGAAUGGUGCCGUGAGCAGAGAGAGCAUCCUCUACAAGUUGGAUCCACGCUUGGAUGGCCACCUCCUGAGAGUAGGAGGGCGGCUGACAAAGGGUGCGUUGCCAGAGGAAACUAAACAUCCACUGAUUCUAUCCAAAGACCAGCAUGUAGCUACACUCAUUUUGAAGCACAUCCUCCAACAACUUGGCCACAGUGGCCGCAGUCAUGUAUUGUCCACAUUGAGGAGGCGGUACUGGAUUACUGGUGCUAAUACAGCUGUGAGGAAAAUCAUAACAGAAUGUUGUUUCUGUAGAAGACACAAUGCUAAAAUGAUGGAACAGAAAAUGGCAGAUGUGCCAAAGGAAAAAAUCUUUCCAAAUCAUCCACCAUUUACCAACGUGGGGGUCGACUACUUUGGACCGAUAGACGUGAAAAGAGGACGUGGUACAGUCAAGCGCUACGGUGUGAUUUUUACCUGUUUGUCCAACUUUAUAGGAACAGAGAGAGAACUAAGGGAAUCACUGUUAGGUUUAAAUCAGGCACGGAUCAUAGGAAUGCUACGACAGAGGGGAAUCAAGUGGAGCUUCAAUCCUCCAGCAGGGUCACAUUUUGGUGGUGUUUGGGAGCGCGUGAUCCGCAUGGUGAGGAGAAUCCUCAGUGCAGUGCUUCGACAGCAAAGGCUGGACGAUGAUGGUCUUCAUACGGUCAUGUGUGAGGCUGAAGCCAUCUUAAACGAUCGACCCAUCACCAAACUGUCUGACGAUCCAAAUGAUCUCAAACCCCUAACUCUUAACCAUAUUUUGCUCAUGAAAGGAAAUCCAUCUCUACCUCCUGGACUGUUUCAGCAACACGAUCUGUACAGCAGACGGAGGUGGAAACAGGUCCAGUAUAUCUCUGAUCUCUUUUGGAAGAGAUGGAUACGUGAAUAUUUACCUUCAUUACAAGAACGACAGAAAUGGUUCUUGGCCACUUGGAAGAGUCUUAGAGGCCUUUUGUGAUAAAAAGGGGCUUGCGCGAUCAGUACAUCUGCAGACAAAGACAAAUACUGUUGAAAGACAUGUAACAAAACUUUGUCUGCUGCAAGAAUCAUAGGUUAGCUCUUUAAACUUCAUUGUUUGAGCGCUUGUUAACCGAGCCAUUAGGGGGGCACAAGCCAGUGCACUCUUAGUGCCGGUCCCAAACC